UAGCUCCAACCAUACAGAGAGUAGGAUGACACAGGAAAGAGGUGAAGUGCACUGUGGGAGAUGUAGUGCGGAGGUGGAUGGGAUGCGAUGUAUUUCCUGGUGUAGAAGACUACAUUUCCCGGCAUGCAGUGUGAUCUCCCCAUACAGGGAAGAGAAGAGGAGGCGUCUGUGGUUUGGUGGCCCCUCCCCCCUCCUCUGAUCCCAGGUCCUGGCUCUCCUCCUUAUUCCUGAUAUUGGUGAUCAGGAUGGAAGAACGGUUCCCCUUCUCGGGUCCUAUAGGACAUUACGGAGAACUCCCGGUGGUGAAAUGUGAGUCGGUGGCGGAGGCGGAGCGAUGUGGUUUCAGUGACGGCAUGAAAACCGAGUGUGACCGCAUCCAGUACGAGCGCCCGGAGUCCGGUCCUGACCUCAUCAUGAAGGUGGAGCCAGAGGAGGACGUGUCCAGGUGGGGGCCCCCGCUGCCCCGAGACCGCAUCCUUCUGUCCAGGACCGAGCCGGGAGCGUCCUCUGGGAUCCUGGCGUAUGUGGCCCCAUCAAACCGGUUUAUGGCCGACCGGCGGCGCAGGCACCCGGGGACAGUUCUGUCCCGCCCGACCCGCGGAGAAACGGCGCGGUUCCUGGAACGGGAGCGGCUGAGGAACGUGAAGUUCAGCGAUCGGGAGAACAACGUCCUGGUGAGGAAGAUCUCAGAGAAUUACGAGAAGAUUCUGGGCAGACUGAUAACGGGAACCUCGGCGGCGGAGAAGAAGGAGAUCUGGAGGGACAUUGUGGCGGCGGUGAACAGCGUCUCCCACCACACCCGCACCGUGGCUCAGUGUAAGAAGAGAUACUCCGACAUCAAGAAGAAGGUGAAGGAGAAACUGGCCAAGCAGAGAGGUGGCAAGCAAGUCAACGUCUUCUUCUGGCCCUACGAGAAGCACAUGCUGAGCCUCAUGUCCAGCAAGAUGGCCCUCAGCCUGAACGAAGAGGUGGACUCCCCGGCGAUGAGCGAGGAGGAAGACUCCGCCCACACACUGACCCCAUGUGAAGCCCUUCCCAUCAGGCGGAGCCUCAAUGAUGGCGGACUGAAAGCGGACAGCACGCCGGGGAAGGAGGACAUGGCGGAGGAGACCUCGCUGGCCUCCACAGAGAAAUAUGACUUGUUUAGUGACCAGGACAGCCAAGAAAACGGGGACAUUUCUGAAGCCCAAUGCGACUCCCAGCAGUCCAGCUCAGUUCCAUCACAAAGCGAUCCUGACCCCAACCAAUCAGAUACAACACUAGAGCGUUCGCUCCGCCAUCUCUCAGCCUGCGUGAAAGCCCAGACCGCCACGCUGAGGCAGACAAACGUCAUUCUGAGGAACCUUUCUACUAACAUGCACAAUGGCUUCCAGCAGCUGGUUCACAUCAUUCAGCAAGUAGCCAGCAGCAUACCUCGGCCGGACAGCCAGCCCGGGACCGCUGGUCAGUCCUCUACCCUACCAACCAGUAUGCCAGCUAGUGGCCAUAUUGGGCGUGGCAGACCCGGCCGUGGCAGAGGGCGACGCCCACACAGUGCUUCCAAUCCAGCAAGGAAGAGUCGGGGGAAAUCACGAGACGCUUACUGACUUCAUUCUAAUAAAUGUAUUGUUUUAAGUUAAA